GCCAAUGGCGGGUGUGGAACAUGAGGCGGCACCAGAUGGCAGAUGCGAUAGAAAAAUGCGAAGACAGCGAGAGAGAACUCGACCUUCGGUAAGCGGUGGCCGAAUUUACUAUAAAUUCCUAAAAGAAUCCGAAUAAAUCAUGAACAAGAAAGGCUUGGCGAUUUUAUUGCGUACCAGAAUGCAGCGCCCAAGCUCCGAUCCCAGAGACCUCGCCCGCUCUCCUCUCGCCAACGUUGUUAACCAAACGCUGCCUAAUUCCGAUGGAGGACGAUCGAGCGGACGACUGGUGCAGCAUGGAAGCGAAAAGCUCAAUGCCUCGACCAACACCGAGAGGGAAUUUGAAGUUGUGCGGGAGUCCAUGCACUCGGCGAUUUCACUGAGCAAAACCGAAAUUUUAGACUCUGUACUGAACGAUUUCUCGGAGGGAUAUUUUAGCCUCUCUUACGAAAAUCGUCGAAAGCUACUUGUACUACUUGCCAUAGAGUAUGAUCUUAACAGGACGCAAGUUCGCAAUUUGAUCAAGCAAUAUUUGGGACUUGAGCUCCCUGAAAGUGACAGUGCUCCCUCAACUGGCUCUGAAGAGGAGACAUCUCUUUCUGCUUUCUACCGUAUUGAGCGCAAUCUGAGACAUGCUCUCAAGCCGAUGUACGAAGUUCUGUUUGAGCGACUCAACACACAUCCUGGCGGGUUGAAGUUCUUGUCCAAUCUUCGAGCUGAUAUUCUAUCUAUUAUCGCAGAGGAAAAUACUGCAUCUUUGCGAGCACUGGACUUACUUAAGGAGAAACUAAGUACAUGGCUUAGUCCUGCUGCCUUAGAGCUUCACCAAAUCACAUGGGACGAUCCUGCCUCUUUACUGGAAAAGAUUGUGGCAUAUGAGGCUGUGCAUCCAAUCAGCAAUCUUAUAGAUCUUAAGAGAAGGCUGGGAGUCGGUCGCCGUUGUUUUGGAUAUUUACAUCCAGCAAUACCUGGCGAGCCCCUUAUUUUCAUCGAAGUUGCACUCAUGAAGGAUGUGGCUCAAACAGUACAGGAAGUUUUAUGGGAUGACCCUCCUACUCCAGAAUGUGAGGCUACAUGUGCAUUGUUUUACUCCAUAUCAUCAACUCAGCCUGGCUUAUCAGGGAUCAACCUGGGAAGGUUUCUAAUUAAACGUGUGAUCACACUUGUGAAAAGAGAAAUGACAAAUAUUUCUACUUUUGCGACUCUCAGUCCCAUCCCAGGUUUCAUGCAGUGGCUCCUAUCGAAGCUGGCUUCUCAAUCAAAACUUGCUGAAGGUGAAGCAAUGCCACACUCACCAGCUUCUGAUAGGUCCAGUUCUACGUUUUCGGAGAAAAUUCUUGAACCAGAAGAGGAAAGAGCACUUAUGGAUGCUUCUGCGGAAUUCAAUUCUGGGAAAAAUAGCAUGGACGUGAUGUUCAACUUGCUGACUUCACCAAAUCAUGAGUGGACAAAUUCUGAUAAAUUGCUUUCAGUAUUAAAACCCCCUCUAAUUCGACUGUGUGCCAGGUACCUUCUCCAAGAGAAAAAGAGAGGAAAAGCUCUGGAUUCUGUUGCGAAUUUUCACUUACAGAAUGGAGCUAUGGUCGAAAGAAUCAAUUGGAUGGGGGACCGGUCAGAGAAAGGCCUGCAUCAAAGUGGAGGUAUGAUGGUGAAUUAUGUUUACAGACUGGGGCAAAUUGAAGACUAUGCUCAGUCAUAUUUCAGUACAGGGCUUAUCCAUACUUCUAGUGAUCUUCGCCGUUACGUUGAGACAAUUAGUCGUGUACAAGAGUGACGGCAUAAUGAUUUAGUCGCGUUUUCUUCGAAUGUUGACACUUUCAUGACAAAAUUUGUGUCUAAUAUCCGGUUUUCUGAAGAUUGUAAGGCCUGAAGCCCUCUAAACAGAUGUCCAAAUGUACAUAUUUAGUUAUGAUUCUCAAUAAAACUAAAGAAUUGUUAUCCACCAAA